AUGGAGCUGCCACCAGGUAUCAUCUUUCUUACUCAAAGAGCGCCUAAGAUCACUUUGCCCCCUUUGCUCACAUAUCUCGCUGCGCGGGUACUGGGUUCGGACUCGCUGUAUGGAUAUCAGCCAUCGUGGUGGGCAUUGGGCGUUGCGAUGCUUGCCAGUCUGCCUCUUGCAUUUACCGCUGCAAUUGUCUGGGAUGAAGUGUACAUUAGGCUGGACGCCGCUCGCAAGGGUGCAGUUUUGCCUCCUCGCAUCGGGGAUUGGACUCCAGGAAACAUACUCACGCUCAUUAGACAAGUCAAGAGCUUUGAAAGGGGAUAUCCAGGAGAGUUUUUGGAGGAUAUAUGCGCUCAAGUUAAAGCAGGCGUAUUCAAUAAUCGUAUAUUUUUUGAGAAUAGGCUUGUUACAACUGAACCCGAGCAUCUGAAGGCCAUGUUGGGAACGCAAUUCGAUCAAUUUGAGAAAGGUUCUGAAACAAGAACGCUCGUAUACCCAUUGCUUGGGACAGGUGUAUUUGCCGCUGACGGCAAGUUGUUAUCAUUCUUACCAAAAUUGUGCUCUGACGCGUCCAUUAUCUCUUUUUCAGGCGAUCUAUGGAAAUUUCAUCGUUCAAUGACACGUCCUUAUUUCACAAAAGAGCGCAUCAGCGAUUUUGAAAAUUUUGACAGGCAUGCGGAGGAUGCAAUUUCCCAACUCAAGGGCCGUCUGCGUGCAGGUUAUCCUGUUGAUUUUCAGCAGGAUCUUGUAGCUCGAUUCACCCUCGAUUCUGCAACCGUGUUUUUGUUCGGAAACGAUGUUAAGUCAUUGGCCGGAGUACUCCCAUAUCCUCAUUAUAUCACCGACAUACCUUCAACCGAAAGGCAAACGGAAGAACACCCAGCGUUACGCUUCGUCAACGCCUUUGCAGAAGCACAGACAAUCAUGGCCUGGCGCCUGCGCUACGGAUACAUGUGGCCGCUCGCCGAGUUCUGGCACGAUAGGAUAAAGGGCCCAAUGAAGGUUGUGCAUGAUUUUGUUGACCCAAUUGUAGCGGAAGCUAUCAAGAAGAAAAGAGAAGGACAUGGAAACGUGAAAGAAAAGGAGGAAGAAACCCUCUUGGAGAAUUUGGUCAAUUCGACAGAAGACCAUAUAACAUUGCGAGAUGAGAUAAUGUCUUUGCUGGUUGCCGGACGUGAUACGACCGCCAGUGGAUUAACAUUCGUGGUCUAUAUGCUUGCGGAGUAUCCCGAAGUACUUCGUCGUCUACGUGCAGAAGUUCUGGAGAAGGUUGGCCGUCAUAGAACGCCAACGUAUGACGACUUUAGGGAAAUGAAGUAUAUGAAGGCUGUGAUCAAUGAAACGAUGCGCCUAUAUCCUGCUGUGCCGUUUAAUGUUAGGGCGUCCAAAUGCGCAACAGUUCUUCCCAGUAAGCCAGGUUCUCAGGAUAGACCGAUGUAUGUCCCCGCCAAUACAAGGCUGCCAUACGCUACUUUUGUCAUGCACAGGAGGACAGACCUAUGGGGACCAGAUGCUCGCGAGUUCGACCCAGAUCGCUUCUUGGACGACAGGCUGCAUAAAUAUCUCAUCCCGAAUCCGUUCAUAUUCAUUCCUUUCAACGCCGGACCAAGGAUAUGUCUUGGCCAACAGUUCGCCUAUCACGAGAUGUCCUUUUUCCUGGUCAAGCUUCUGCAGCAGUUUUCUGGCAUCUCGCUCGCAAGUGAUGCCCAGCCCCCGCAAUCGCGCCCGCCAUCGGAAUGGGCGGAGGAUACGAGCUACCCAAGGAAACAGAAAGAAAAGAUCAGGCCUAAAUCGCAUUUGACCAUGUAUAUCGAGGGAGGGCUAUGGGUGACGAUGGAGGAAGCUAAAGACAUAGAUUUUUAA